UUUUCUUUUCUAUCCCAAAUUAUAUAUUUGCUUUUUAUACCCACAACCUUAUACCAAUACUUCAUUCCUUUUUCAUUACCUUCCUUCAUCUACUCAACCUUCUUUACCUCCUUCGUACUGUGACGAUGCAACAGUUUCCAUCGUUAAAGAUUCUAUUAGCGUCGACUUCAAACUAUGAUCAAGAUCAACAAGCGGUUGCAGAAAGACAAAAGGAAAACGGUCUUGGAGUUACUUUUCAGUAUUAUCAGGAACAAGAUUCUAUCAAUGGCAACAAAAACGACAAACAUCUUUUUUAUAACAAAAAACGGCCUAGAACAACUAACGCGUGUGAUCAAUGUAGAAGGAAAAAGAAAGCUUGCUCUGGUGGCGACCCUUGUUCCACAUGCAAUAAAAAGAAGGAAAUAUGUAGUUAUACAAACGGUGUUAAAAAACAUCAUGGUGAUGGACAACAACAACAACAACAACAACAACUGGAAUCUCAAGUACAAAAGAACAACAUUAACAAUACUAAAACUAUGGUGAUGGCCCCAACUACUAACCUUCGACCAACUCUACAGUUUGUUUAUGGCAUACCAGCACCACCUGAACUGAGUUCUAAAACUGAUGCCGAUUUCCCUCACUACUUUAUUCAAGAACCCUGCAUCAAUGACUAUGGUUAUUUUGGAAGAUCGGCCGUCUUUUCCGCGAACUCAAACUUGUCUACUACAUCGUCCUCCAUUCUGAAUGUCACCUGGAUUUCUCCCUCUGAAUCAUUGUGUCACCAAGGUUUACCCUCAUGUGAUCAAGCUAUUUUACUUGAUGUUUAUUACAAUCAUCUUGAUACAUUUUACCCAGUGUUCAGUUUGGAUUAUCUUAAACAACAACUCUAUUCUCCACCAUCACCAUCAUCCACAAGUACUUCCUUGAAUACACUUUUCUUUUGUGCGCUAUUCGUACGAGCAUCCUAUUUAAUUCGAAACAAGACAGCCUCCAACAAUAUCAAAUAUGGUUCCAUCAGUACUUCUCUCAUCAAUUAUGCUCAUAUGGUUCGAGACACUUAUUUGGAUGAUGCAACUCCUACUUGCAGCACAGUGUUGGCAUUAUUGAUGCUAGCUAAUCAUUUGGAAUGUAAUAGACUUCGACAUCAACUACCUAUUGCUUGGAAAUGGGCUGGAGAAGCUUGUACACUGGCUCUGAAUAUGGGAUUAUAUGCAAAUGAACCUCUUACCAUGGAUUCGACUCUCUACCAACUUCGGCUACGUACUUUUUGGAUGGCUUUUAUCACUGAUUAUACUAUUAAGACAAUCCAUGGUCGACCAUAUACGUUUGAUGAAGGGGAUAUUUGCGUAGAUGAGACAAAUCGACGGAGCAAACAUCCUGAACAUAUACAAUGUAACAAGAAUGAAGAUAUUUAUAUUCAACGAUGGCUUAAUCAACUAAAAUCCACCAUUUAUUUUUGCAAGAGUGCUGGACGAAUUAUCAAAUUCAAUUAUUCACCGCAAAGGAAGCUUGAUCAACAUCAUUCGUAUUAUCGGGGUCUUUUAUCCACUAUUGAUCACUUGGUAUGUGAUGCGGCUAAAAAGAAACGAACAAUCCAAAACAACAAUGAUAGUAAUAAGAUGACAGAUGAAAAUCGACAAAAGAUGAAAGGAACAACUCCAGUUGUAGAGGCAGAUUCAUGUCAUGACAAUCGACUCGAUUCUUUGAAAGAUUUUUAUUACUUUGCUAAUCUGAUGUUACUUCACCAACGAUAUAUUGACGAUGAUACAUCGAAACAUGGAACAAGACCAGCGUCUAUGGAAAUAUGUUACUAUGCAGCUACUAGUGCUGUACGACUGGCGGAAAAAGAAAUGCCCGAUGAAUUAGAUUCUCUUAUCACUUGCCCAAUUACGCUGUAUUCAUUGGUUAUGGCGUUACACGUACUUCGGUCACUCUUUGCAAAAGAUCAACAAGAUGUUACUAUGGUUGCUCAAGCGGAAAUUCAAUUUGAAAAAGGGUAUCGUGUACUUCAAUCUUUAUCCAUCUUUCAAGAUAAAAGAUCAAUGUUGCAUGAUACUCUUUGUGAUCUUUGGGAAUUUUACAAGAAACAUCGUAUAUCCAAAGGAGUAGGACAAAAUCGAUCAAAAUUAUUAUUAAAAAAACCGAUUGUGGAUAACUCUUUUGCCAAUGAUAUUCUUCAUCCUUUUAGUGCUUUUUUAUAUGGUAUUAGCACUUUGGAUAUGAUUCAAUUACAACAACAACGACAAUCAUUAUCACCAUUAUCAUCAUCAGCAUCAACACCAGCAUCUUCAUCUUCAGCAUUCGCAUCAUCAUCAUCAUCAUCAUUAUCAUCAUCAGGAUCUGUACCUUCAUCUUCAUCUUCAUCAGUAAUAGCAUCUUCACCAUCCAUUGUUGGUAUAGCAUCAUUGACAGAAUUGGAUCGACAACAACAACAAUAUUCAACACAAUUAUGGAAUCAAAUGUCUCAACAACAACAACAACCGAUGAUUCAUGAUUCAACUUUUACGAAUUCUGAUAUUAUUAGACAAUCUCGAUCUAGUUUAAAACGAGAUGAUGAAUAUCGAUACUUGACAAAGGUUAAUUGUUUUAUUCCUUCAUCUUAUACAGAUAUCACCUCAUCUACAGCGUCUGUACCGUCAUCAUCACCUUCGUCUUGUUUUACGGAAGAUAUUACAAUAUCACCAUCUGCAGUUACAAAACAAUAUUCUGGAAUAUCAACAUUAGUAUUAGAUGAACUUGAACUUUUACAUACACCAUCAGAUCCAAUGAUUACAAAAGAUUAAAAAAAGAAGUUUUAUUUUAUUUUUUAUUUUUUAUUUUUUUUUGGAUAUUUUAUAUAUAUAUAUUAAUAAAAC